GGGGUGCGCGCGCUCGCGCGCCGGGAGUCCCAUUCCAGUGGAGAAACGCUGGCGCGCGCACCGCGCUCAUCUCGCUCGAGUUCGGCGCGCUCGCAGCAUCCAGGAAUAAAUAAUAGGGUGCGCGUACCCGAGAGUCCGGAGCGGGUCUUCCUCGCUCUUCGUCAGUCGGGCCCAGCGCUGCUGGACGGAUUGGACGGACUGCUGCAACGGAGCGAAUGUGACACUUCGACGGCUUGUCACAGACCUGCCGAAGCAGGACUCCGUCGUCGGCCGGCGUCUCCGGGAAACUAUUAAUUAUUUCAUUUUCGGCACCUUCCACAGUUUCUUCUCUUCUGUUCCCUCCCUGCAGUUUCAGUUUCUUUUUUUUUCACUUUUGUCGUCGAUAAUAUCCGCUGGACGCCACCCACCAAGCAUGUAUCUCCAAACUGGCAAAGAGCGUGAGGAGCCACAGUGACGGCUCCGGCAGGGCCGGGGAUAUACCGCGGGUGUGAGACGUACGCAGCCCUCAGGCUUAAGGGAAGCGGCUGCUCAACACAGCAGGCGUUGCGAGGGUGACGGCCGCGAUGGCAUCCAGCCUGACCUGUGUGGGUGUGGUGUGGGCGCUGCUCUCCUUCCUGAGCGCCAUCGCCUCCUGCGUGGGCUUCUUCAUGCCCUACUGGUUGCUGGGUUCGCAGAUGGACAAGCCCGUGUCCUUCGGCACCUUCCGGCGCUGCUCGUACCCGAUUCGUGACGAAGAGAGGCGGGCCACGGUCAUGCUGGAGCAGUGUGGCCGCUACGCCUCCUUCCAGGGAAUCCCCAGCCUGGAGUGGCGCAUCUGCACGGUGGUGACAGGUGCAGGCUGCGGCCUUCUCCUCCUGGUGGCGCUCACCGCGCUCAUGGGCUGCUGUGUGUCUGACCUCAUCUCCUGCACUGUAGGGCGCGUGGCUGGAGGCAUCCAGUUUGUGGGAGGCUUGCUGAUUGGUUCUGGAUGCGCCCUCUACCCUCUGGGCUGGGACAGCGAGGAGGUGCGGCAGACCUGCAACAACAGCUCUGACCAGUUUGAGCUGGGCUCCUGUGAGAUUGGCUGGGCCUUCUACUGCACCGGGGCGGGCGCCGUAACCGCGUUGCUGGUGUGCACCUGGCUGGCUUGUUACUCCGGGAAAAAGCAGAAGCACUACCCCUACUAGGUCGAUUCAGAACAAGCAAGUAGGAAGAAAAAGGGAAGGUUGAGCCACCAACUGAGGGCCGUGGAGUUUAUGACCGUGAAGAGUCUCCAGAUUUCCCAGCAUUCUUCAAUGUGGACAGUUUUGAAAGAGUCAUCACAGACGUCUGACCAAUCUUUCUCUCACGAGCUCAAGCUCUUGGUCAUAAUGUCAUUGCAGGGACUGUUUUUAUAUGAUGUAUAAACACAUUUGUUUAUAUAUUUAUAUGUACAACAGUAUAGCAUUGCAUCUGUAUCUUUGUGUAGAUAUAAUGGUAUAGAUUGUUAAUAUUAAAGCCAGGUACAUAAAAAUGCAGCUUUGACUGCACUCUAUGAUUUCUCAGAACUUCUCUGCUGGUUCUUAUCAGUAGAGCCAUAGUCUGCUCCUCAACAUACACAUAUAUAUUGAUUGCUGUGCUGCUGUCUCACAGCGCUUUGGUGGUGCGAGACAACGUGGGUCCGGUCCCCGCUCAGUCAGCGUGAAAUUUGCAUGUUCUCCCCAUGUCUGUGUGGGUCUCGUCCAGGUGCUCCGGUUUCCUCCCACAGAUAUGCCAGCCAGGGGUAUUGGUGACUCUCAAUAGCUUGUAAUAUGUGAAUGGAUGAGUGACUGUGUGUGUGCAGCUACCCUGUGAUGGACUGGCGUCCUGUCCAGGCUAUACUCCCCUCAGCUUUGCGCCCAGCAAUUCCGGCACAUGCUCCAAAUCACUGCAACCCUGCUCAGGAUAAGCGGUUGCUGAAACUGGAUGCAUAUACUGUACCCGAGAAAUUGAAUUCCCCUGAUUCAGACAGAGCGAGGUGUUCUUGGCAGAGCUCUGCACAGAACAGGUUUCCAUGGGCGUUUUACAAGAUCUGGAUCUCAGACAUGAAGAAUUGCCCCAGUGUGUACUUGACAUUUUCUUGUUUACCUCUUUAGGAUUUCAUAUUACUUCUGUAUGAUUUUUUUUAAACAUGCUCUUUUCAUCCCUAUUCACUGUCCUCAGUAUUUGAAACAGUGAUCGGUUUUGAUUACAGUAUUGUAAAACCCAUUAUUC